UCUGCUGCCUGGUGUAAACACGUGCGGUUCUCAUGUCGUCGUUCUGUCUGAUGUUCUGAUUUUGCUUUUUACUGUGAAAAUACAGUGUUGCACGUGAUGUCGGCGAAAAAGAAAAAAUCUAAAACAGUCUCAGAUAAAAUCACUGAAGCGUUUCUCCCCAAAGCGGAGGAAGAUCCAGAGAAUGACCCGGAAAACUUGGUGAAAAUAGCGGAUUUCAAUGGCGAGGAUGAGGAAGUCGAUUUCGACUUUGAUUCGAAACCCAGUGAAAUUCGGAAGAGGAACAUUAAGCUGUUAUCAGAAUUCAGUGACAAGUACAAAGGGAAGGUAGCGUCACGUAAGGAACUGGAGGCAUCGAGUGAAGAAGGUAGCGAGGAAGGCCUGAACAGCGAUUUGAGUGACAACGACGACUCGGAAAUAGAGGCUUACAGGGAUGAACUGAACGGAAUCGGGAAAGACGAAAGAAAUUCAGAUAACAGUGAUGCAGACGAUAGCGGGGACGACUAUCAAACAAGCGACGACUCGGAACGAGAGGGAAGUAAAACUAACGGUGGGUUCGAAGAUUCGAACGCAUUUAGCGACAGCGUCGAAGGGGAAAGUGGUGAUGAAGAUUCUGAUUCCGUGAGUUCGUUUGACGAUGAAGGUGACCAAGAGGAAGACCAAACACAGCUGCUCACCGAAUCCAACCAGAAUGCGGAAAUUCAAAAAGGCUUCGCUGUCCAAAAUCAACUGAAAAUUUGGGAAAAACUGUUGGAAAUUCGUAUUCAUUCCCAGAAAAUAUUAACUAGGGCUAAUAGUCUCCCCCCUCCAGUCGUAUAUGACAAAUUGUGUGAUCAAAAUGACUUUAGCAGUCUCGCCAGCACAACCAUAGCAAACGUCGAGAAUUUGCUAGAGAACAUGCUCGAGAUGCAAAGUCUCCUCUCUAGUCAGUUCUCCGAGACGAAGGACAUCUUCAAAGAAAACAAAAAACGAUCUUCUACGGGCAAACUCGUGGAACCUCCCCUAAAGCGAUUCGCCCGGACACUCACAGCAAACUUCGACUUAUUCACGCCGUAUCGCAAUUCAGUUCUACAGAAAUGGGACGAUCGAACACGAAUUCUGGCCCCGGGAGCGGGUGGGAAAAAAGGAGGCAAAUCGUUGAACGAUAAUUUCGAUAUUGUAAGGAAAGUCGAGGCCGUUCUGCUAAAUAAAAGUGAUCUGCUGGCCAAGUCGCAAACAGUGAAGGGGAACUACAGGUUGUUCGGAUCGCAGGAGAAUGGUGACACGACUGAAAAUGGAAAGGAGAACUUAGAAAAUGGCCAAUCUGAAGAAGAGAAACUGAUUCAAAGUGCCGAAGUGUACGAUGACACAGACUUCUACCACCAACAGCUGCGAGAGCUCAUCGAAUAUAAAUCGAAUACGACCGCAAACCCCGCAGAGAUGUCAAAACAGUUCGCAGAGUUACAGAAAUUGAGGCAGAAAAUGAAGAAGAAGGUGGACACGAGAGCUUCGAAGGGACGGAAAAUUAGAUAUGUUGUUCAUAACAAACUCGUCAAUUUUAUGGCCCCCAAUCCAAAUAGCGAUUGGACUGAAGAGUCCAAAAAUGAACUGUAUCGUUCUCUGUUUGCAACAUGAAUUUGGAAUAUCAUCAGCAUGAGUCGUUCAAAAGUAUGGACGCACCCUGAAGAGCCCCUGGCAGUGGCGGAAGCAGCCUUGACCGUACAAGUCAAACGGCAGAUGCUACCGGUUUCCCUUAUAUAGUUGCAGUCGCCUAGCGCGAAGGCACACUAUACUACACUUAGAUUAAGCUUAGUUUAGGUACCCUUAUGAAGUGUAAAUAAACUCCGUUAGAAUAAAUAAUAAUUAUUUAA